AUAGGUCAAGUGUUUGAUUUAGGCGCAGUAUCUGAUUGUUUACCCACUUGUGUGAUGUUUGAUCUGUGUGCAAGGUAUUCUUUCUUUGCAUACAUAUUAUAUUUCCUAAUGAAUGUGAAACAUACGAUUGAAUAUUACAUUCUUUACGAAAGGGGUGAUCAUGGUCCAGUUGUUAAAAAGUGCUAUCCCAAUAAUCUGUCUGGGGUUUAUACUGAACGUAUUGUAGAAUUUGCAUUUUGCUGUAAUGAACGCUUUUCUGUAGAAGAAUUUGUAAUUGUAUUUACUGAUGCUAAGGGAACAUUGGAAUUUGUUUUCUGUUAUCAACCAAAUGAAAAGUUCCUGCUAUGUAUUUCCAGCAAGCUUCCUUGGUGUGAAUGUUUCCACUCUCUGCUAAAUAUUUUGUGGCGUCAUGGUCUUUAUCGUGAUGUACACUGGUCUAUUAUGGAACCAUUUUUUUCACAUCUAUUUUCUACCACUCCACCUCACUUACCUAUUGAUCAAAUUCAGUGCGCAAAUCCGUUUAACCCAACAGUGGGCUUUGUGCUUCGUAUCCCAACACCUCAAUCCCCACACUAUUUGAACUAUGUUAUGGAAUAUUACAAUGCAUUGGAUCUUUCAUUAUGGAUACACAUAUUUGUCAGUUUACUAUUGGAGCGAAGUUUACUGUUUUGCUCAAGACGUUUGACAAAGUUGACAGCUUGUGUCAUGACUGCUGUCUCAUUGUUGUAUCCAAUUCAGUGGGCUCAUUCAUUCUAUCCUUUGAUUCCUGAUAAAGUGCUUGGUGUUUUGGAAUGUCCAGUUCCAUUUGUUGCUGGUAUACAUAUUUGUAAUUUAGAGAAAGCGAAACAAUAUUUAAGUGCAGGAACACGUUUAGUGGAUUUAGAUAUGGGUCAAAUUUCAGUGUAUGACCCACCUUCUGAUAUGCUUCAAAAUGAUCAAAACGAUAUUGAGUUGGGCACACCAAAAGCAAUAUUCAGUUUCCUGCAUCACCAAUUAAAAGAAGUUCAACGACAGUUAAAUGUGUCAAUGAAUUCAAAGAAAGAAGUCACUGGAGAGAUUUUGAAUUGUUUCGAGAAGUUGACUCAUCCAUUUUUUGAAAUGAUUGUGAAUCUUUUAGGUUGUUAUACAGAGUGUAUAAUUCAAGAACAUUCUGAUCCAGAAGUGGAUUUAGACGCUUUAAUUACCUGUCAGUCAUGUCCUGGCCUAGAAACAUUUCUUAAAUCCUUGUUUGAGUCACAAACAAUUCAACUGUUCCUAGAUCAACGUUCAAGACAACCGCCGGAUAAAACAGUUGAUUCAUUUGAAUAUCGAGCAUCUGAAUUACGUGAUCACGCAAAAAAUGUCUAUCAGUAUAAAACUUCUGUAUCAAUUGCUCCAAUCUUUACAAGUUCUUUGUCAAAUAUUGCAUCUAAUGCAGCUAAGUGUGAGUUGAAGAUAGGAAGGAAAAAGAUUAAUUUUGGUAGUCCAGAUUGGUUACGCGCUAAAAAACUGAAAAAUCCUGGUCGUAUAUGCCAUACUGGGUUGACAGAUACAACGAAACGUAUGAAAUCUGAAAGUGCAUUUAAUUGGAAUAUUCUAUCAAAAAAGACUGAACAACCAUUGUUUUCUCACAAAAGUAAUCAUUUUGGCUCAAUGGAUAUACACCCUCAGAGCACGCCAGUAAUGUCACGUAUGCAGGACAUGAACUAUUCAUCGUUACGAGGUCGACCUAAUUCAUAUUUUACUCAUCCAUCGCCUACCUUGCGAUCAGAAACUGUCCCCACUGGAUACAAUCGUUCAAAGGGGAACAGGCCUGACAAACAUGACGAUCAAGAUUUUUGUACAGAUGAAAAAAUUGGCGCCAAUGGUUUACUGAAUUCUUCAUCGCCUGCUACACCGCAAUACUAUAACUCAUCAGAUACAGACUACAACAAACGAAUAAAACGUAAUCCACCUCCACGACCUCCUCCACCUCGUCCAUCCAAUAUACGAUUGAACAGUGGCGAUAACAUGGAAUCACAAAACCUGAAUAUCAAAAAAGAUGUACUACCUUCAAGAAAUAACCCACCAGUUUCACCUACAAGGUUAGAUAAUGUAAAAUGUGAAAAUUUCACUGUCCCAUCGUGGUAUGAUAAAACUCGUUCACUUACUCAUAUUCGACGUAAAACUUGCCCGUCUUCUGAUGACUUUCCUCCUCCAUUACCUCCACGUCCAGCCCCAUUGUCUUCAAAGCUGCACAAUCGUUCUGCAUCAUCCGUUAACCAUUUGGAAAGGUCAUAUCAGAAACCUGUAAAUGGUUAUUUACGUAAUGGUAGUGUUAAUUAUAACCAUCAGAAUGGAACAUCUCUAUGUCGACCACUUAAAAUUCCCAUAACAAUAACUAGUCAAUCUAAUGAACGUGGUUGUUAUUAUCGGAAUGGUAAUGGUUUGCUUUUAUCUACUAUUGCUAACAUUGCUACUGCAUCAGCUACUCCACCGCCAUUACCACCUAGAAAACCUACAUCACAAAUGUUCUCUCAAUUAAUAUCCAAUUCGAAUUCACUUAAGUCUAUUAUAUCUGAAUCAAAUCCUAAUUUAAUGAAGACAAAGGUUACAACGUCAGAUAACAAUAAAUCAGAUCGACAGUUAUCAUUAUGUGAACGUAGAGCCAGACGAUUUCUUAGCAUAAACGAUAAAGGAUUACAAACAUCCCCAUUGAAAAUCACUUUCCCGUUAAGAUUACCUAUUAAAAGUGAUUCACAGUCAUCUGAAAUUGAAUUAUUUAACAAGCAAGGAUCAUAUGAGUCAAUUUCAGGAAUUAUAAAAGGAUUAUCUAUUGAAUUUGAUAAAACUGCACGAGGUACACUAUCUCAUUCACCGUCUACUAUUCACAGUCGAUCUGGUUCAUUAUCAUAUUAUUCUGCAACAGAAACAAAAUUGGAUCAAGCCAACUCAUCAGCAAAAAGUUCAAUGCCUGAAUUAUUAUUGUCAACUAAAGAAUUAUCUUUAGGCAAUGAUGAUGAUGAUGAUGAUGAUACAUCUAACAGUAAACAUAGAUUACUUGUUCGACUUAAAUAUGCUACAAUUUCACCUCGAAGGAGAAGUCAAUCAAUUACCAAUGUCCCACCACACCUCACAUUACAUCGUGUUCAAACUGAUUCACCUUGUCAACGUUCAACUAGAUUAUUUAGAGUGAAAUCUAUGAUUGAUUCCAUUGACUCACCAUCUAUAGCUCACGUUGAAUCACAUUUAGGAAAUGGUGAUUAUUAAUUGGAGUAGAUUUCACUUGUUUAUUUUAUUAGCAACUGAAGAAGAAGAAGAAGAAGCAGCAAAAUCUAUGAAUAACUUGCAAUAUGAUCUAAAUGUUUAUUGCCUUAUUCUACAACACACAUACACACAGUUUGUCGUUAGUAGGUGUGCAACUUCCACAACAAGUUUUUUCUUUUCAUUUCAAAGCUACACUAAAUAUGCUGCUCAUAUACAUCUAGAUUAUUAUAAUCAAGGGAAAUAAAGUGAAAAUGUAUAUGUUAGAACAAAAUCGAAAAUCUCAAAAAACUGCUUGCCUUCAUUGCCUAAUUCAUUUUGUCAUAUCGUGUUGAUAUACACUGCCUUACAUUAAUAAUAAACAAUAGCACUGUGAUAGACACUGUGGGACAGUCAAAUAAUAGUGAUAAUAAUGGUAAUAAUAAUGAGAAAUUAUUAUUAUCAAUAUUACUAUUAUUGUCAAUUAUUUUUCAGUAUUAUAUGCAUAUUUCCUCAUCCUCUUGUAUAUAAGUAUAAUAUACUUGCAUAACCAUUAUUGAAGCAGAGCACAAAUCACGACAUGAAUAAUCAUUGAAAUGUGAACUAUUGUACCAUCAAAGCAUAUCAUCGAAGAAAGAAAAAAAAUCCAGAUAUAUUUACCUUAUAUUUCUCUUCCUCUUUUAUUCCUAUGUAGGAAAUAAACACACUGCUUUCGUCAAAUAACUUUUUGGUCAUUUCAUUUCGCUUCUUUUUCUACUUAAACUGAUUGUUGUAUUUUGAACGAAAAUUAGCAUCAUUUUCGUCAAUGGUCAACUCCGUUGUCAUCAUCAUCUUCAGAUGGAUAGUGAUUGAUAUUUUUUUUUCCUCCAACAGGAGAUUCAUAAAGAAAUAAGAUAGUCAGUUUUAUGUGAAUACUGAGUAAUGACAAUGAGAUAUUUUCUACUG